AUGAACCCCAUCGAUCGACUCCAAGCUUCAGUGAACAACUGCACCUCGCUUCUCAUCACUAUGCGCCGCCAUCUCGAGGUCGUCAAGCGACUGCUUGCCUUUCACGUGCAGCGGGUGCAAGAGCUGGACGAUGAAGCGCGUCGACUGGAUAACUACCCGUAUGGAUCGCAAUCAACGCAUGAAGACUCAGGUGACUCAUCAUAUGACGAAUACGAGACUGAGACCGAAUCCGAUACACCGUCUACUCCACACUUCAUCGAAAGAUGUGACGACAUUUUCAGCGAUUCGGAGUCCAGCAAUGAAAUAUUUAACUAUUUGGACGGCGAUUCAACGGAUGACUUUGCGAGUGAAGACGAAGAGGCGAGCGAAGGUUCCUGGAAUGAUCCAUUCGACUUGACAAGUGACAGCGACUAA